GUCUAAAUGUUUCUUUCAUUCAAAAAUGUUUUAUUUGUAAUUUUUCAGUUUUUCUAAGUGAGUUAUUUGUAUGCUAACUAUUAAAAAAGUUACUUUUAUUAAGAGAUAUGGUGUUAGUACCAUUGACUCUUGUCUUGUUGCAUUAUAUAAUAUAUGUUAAACACGUUUUCAUUCCCAACUUGUUCAAUAAUACUGCCUCUUGGUCAGGUUCAAAAUAUAACGUUGUAGGUUGUAGGUAUAACAUAAAGCACAUUUUGGUUAGGUUUAGGCAGAAAACCACUGGUUAUAAAUUAGGAAAGACAGAUGCUAAGUAGUUUGUUUAGGUAUGUGUACUUUAAUUUGAGUAUUUUUUCAUCUGACAUCUUUUUACUUUUACCACUUAAAUUUUUACACAAAUAUCUGUACUUUCUACUGCUUAUAUUUUUCAAAGCAGGCUUGUUACUCUAGUUGUAAUUAAGAAUGAGCCAGUAGACCAGUACGUUACUUAGACUCCAGAACACGACAGGUCAUAAACCCCUCUUUUUGGUCAAUGCUUAAUAUUUGUCACUACUUUGUCCUUAUUGAGCAAUUUACUUUUGCCACACAGUUUAUUUGGUUCCCAAAGUUCCUCUUCUGUACACUUCUCACUUUGUAUUAGUCAUGUAUUAAUAAAUAAUCUCAUUUUAAUGUCAGAUCUAAUUAAUAAUGAAUAACUACUUAUUUUGUUCUCGCAUGAAACACCUACGGCAGUCUCCUGGGUUGAAGUCCUGCUAUCCAUCCACCCAACUUCCUCCAUAGGCGGACUCGCUCUUUGUACUUGGUCACCUGACUUUGUAGCGACCGCAUCCAGAAAUUAUGUUAGAUGGAAGCCUACAACGUCAUAUGUUAAAGCAGAAGGCCUCUGACUGAGUGGCGGUAUUUGACGAGUUGGUAAUGAGACCUGGUAGAUUUGUUUCUCAAUACUGAGCACGCAGUGAGACAUUCUGAGCACAGAAAAAAACUUUGCUCAUAAAUUAUAUUUUGGAUUGAAAUGAUCUCACCUUAUAAAUACAUUUUCCAUCCUCAGACUUCGCCAAUAAACUCUUUAAUUCAGUGUUACACAUUUCUAAAUGUAUCACUACAUUCUCUAAAAAAUGCAGUUUAUGUUGUUUUAGUUGAUACACAAGUAUAAUUUGACAUUGUCUCAAGACUGACUGCUGCCAGUAGUUCCUCAAAGGAUGCUGUUUGGUCCAAACCAACACUGAAGUAACAACAAAUGCAGUUCCUCUAACAGCCACUAGAGGCUGGCUCCAGCAGUGAGUCAAUCUCCAUAAGGCCCCAUAUUAAAAUGUAACUUUUAAAGCAGAAUUAAUCAUGUUUACAGCCUGGUACAAAAAAUGCUUUUGGUCUCUAUAGCUAAUUUCCCUGUUCAUGACAACUGUAUGAGGGGAGAAUUUUGACACAAUUCAGUUAAAAUUUUAUUAAGGCUUAUUUGUGUCCACAAACAAACACUUACUCAAGUACAGGGGGGAUUUUCUUGUUGAAACAAGUGACAAAUUUGUGUUAGGAGGAUUUACUGAAUCCAACUUGGGACACUCUGGGUUUAAGAUACACUGGAACUCAAUGACUAACUUGCUGUCGUCUAUUUCCUCUGGUUCAGCAAUGGACCCAAAUACCACGCUGAGGGUGGCGGCACUCGGUCGGCCUUUCACUCUUGGAAAGCUGUACGACUGCCGUCAAGACUCACUCAUCCCUGGCAUGACCUUGUGGGACCACGAUGAUCUGGAAAAGCAUAUAGUAGAAAAAACCCAGAACUACAAUGACUUUGAGAUACUUGCAUCAGAUUCAAUUUCAGAAAAAUUGUCAUCUCUAAAUGUUGAAAUAUCCCUGAAAGCGAGCUUCUUGUUUGGGCUGGUAAAUAUUUCAGGCUCUGCCAAAUACCUACACAAUACUAAGACUUCCAGAAAUCAGGCCAGAGUAACACUGAAGUAUGAAGCAACCACAAAGUUCCAGGAACUGACGAUGGAUCACUUCGGAAAAGGCAAUGUGAAGUAUCCGGAUGUUUUUACUAGCAAAAUAGCAACACAUGUAGUCACAGCUAUUCUUUAUGGGGCACAUGCCUUCUUCGUCUUUGACUGCGACUUGUCUGAAGACGAAAGUUAUCAACAUUUUGAAAGCAACUUUCGUGGGAUCCUCAAGAAGGUUUCCAGCCUUUUGCUAAAAAAUGAAGGUUCCCUGCAAAUGGACAACGAGGACAUCAAAAAAGUUGAGAGAUUUUUUUGCAGUUUCCAUGGAGACUUUUUGCUUGAUAAAACUCCUACAACCUUUCAGGAGGCAGUGGAAGUCUUCCACAGCCUGCCAAAACGGUUGGGAGCCAAUGGAGAAAAUGCAGUCCCAGUGAAGGUCUGGCUGUUACCACUGACAAGUUUAGAUUCUUCUGCUGCGAAACUCGUCCGUCAGAUUAGUGCAGUAUUAGUAAAUGAAUCACAGAGUGUCCUGGAGGAAUUCAAUGACCUGCAAAUAAGGUGCAAUUAUGCUUUGAGAACCACUGGACAGCAGUUCCCACUGGUUGGCGAAAAGAUUAAAACCUUUAAAAAGAUGUGCUCUGAGUUCAAGCAGGAAUUCCAAAAAAACUUGGCAAAGAAACUUCCAUCAAUCCGAGGAGGAGGAGAAGAGGAGGCUGUGCUCGCAGAGAUCUUGAAGAAGAGACAUUCUUCUCCUUUCAACAGCAAAGACCUGAACGAGUGGAUGGACUGUAAAGAGAGAGAAAUCGGCACCUUAAAAUCUUUAACAAACAAGAUGAAAAACACAAAGAUUGUCCCGUCUCAAACAGACCUGUACAAGGAAAGUCUCAGUGUAGAUCAUUCAGUGUGUUUUGUUUUCACCUCACUGGGAAGCGAUGAACCGUUCCUCUCAGCUUUAUCAGACUACUUAGAAGGAACAACCAAACCAGACGACCCUCAACAUUCACAUACUCAUGAUGUAGAGAAGGAACAAUGGUAUGCCUCAAAAGAAGUAGCAGAUGCAAUGAGAAACAAAGCAAAGCUCUUCAGUGACUUUGCAGAGGCCAACAAGGAGAACAAGAACAUUAAGUUCUUGAUAGUUGGCUCAACAAAUGAGGCAGAGAAAGGUUCAAGCAUCUACCUUUAUAAAGACGGCUUUUCUGUAAGUGAGAACUUUGAGCCACCUUCAAAGCCUGAAACAGUGACAGUCAGGGACAUAAACCACAACAGUGUGACACUGAAGAUUUCUCCACCCAGAUUUGGAGCAGAGAACAUCACCUCCUACUCUGUUGAGUACUGUGUCAAUGGAGAGGAUGGAUGGCAACAACAGACAGCAUCAAAAGCUGAAGAAGUCACAGUGAGAGAUCUGAGUCCUAACACAGAGUAUAUGUUCAGAUGCAGAGCAGUGACCUCAGUAGGUGUUGGACCAGUCAAUGAAGUCCGAAUAAAGACUCUUACAGACUGUUAAGGAGGGGGCAUUUUCCACCACCGGAUGGUUCAUUCUCCCUGGUGACCCAUCAGCUAGUGCCGGGGUAGACGAGGAUGUUCCUGUAACUGGACAGCGGGUGAAUGAAGGAGCAUGACAAUGCUAAUAGCAGACCUGAUAUAAUAAUAUAUAAUAUGGCCUCCAAUGUUUGAUAUCAGUGCCAGCAGCUCAACUUCCCUGGAUUUUAUUUCAGGAGAAAAGUGUUGCAGUGUAAAAGAAUAUAAUGUCUCAUAGUGGUGCAUUUUUACUUUUAAAUCAUUUUAAGUCAUUAAGUCAUGACUUUGUUAUCCUUUGGGAAAAAAUGUUGAAUGGGGCGCUGCUGAGAAGUAGCAAUGUCCCAUUUCAAGGGUAAUAAAUUAGGAGAUUGGUGCACAGACACAUGUACUCGAAAUUCUGCUGUCUGUUCAUUUCUUUUUACUGUUGUGACCUCAAGUUAAAAUGUUGCUGUUUUUCAUCAUGUAUUAAAAUCACAUAAUAAUACAAUUUAAUAUACUGUAAUUAUACAAAUACUGAUUCUAAAAUGUUUUUCUCAUAACAACUUCUAAAUCAUUAUUAUAUGUGAUGUACUUGUGAAGUUGUUUUUUUCCCCCAGGAAUAAAAACUGCAAAGAAAA